AACCUUCGACCCACGGCUGCCACUUUUUCUCCGGUCUGGCAACGGCUGCGUGGAAGGAUCGCAAUGUGUGGAGGUCGACGGGUUGGCGCCCCCCCGGCGAUGUCCUGGGCGUGGAGCGGGGCGCCACCACCGCGGAGGUCACGAAGGCGUUCAAGAGGCUGGCCCUGCAGCUGCACCCGGACAAGAGGCGCGCCGGUGCGGCGACGCAGGGCGCGGAGAACGAGCGGGAGCAGUUUCAGAUGCUGAGCGAGGCGUACCAGGUCCUCAAGGACCCAGAGAAGCGCAGGAACUACGACAUGUUCGGGACGCUGAGCGAGGAAGAUUUGGAUACCGAGUUGUUUGCAAGGUGGUCAGGGAAAUUCUGCAGGCGAGUGGACGAGGAUAACAUUGAGGCGUUCCUUGCCAGUUACUACGGGUCAGCUGACGAGCUGGAAGACAUGAGGCGGAUUGUUGUAGAGGGCAAGGGGUUGCUCAAGUUGUUCGAGUGUCUGAUCGGUUCCAAAGCGGCGGAUUGCGAUCGAUAUUUGCGAAGAAUAAAGCAGGAAUUGAAGGUGGCCGUGUCGGAGAAGGAAGAGGCUGAUUUCCGUAAGAAGGCGGCCGCCUGGCAGAAGAAGGAGAAGCGCGAGGCCAAGGAGCUGGGGACGAGCUUGGAAGGCAGGGGCGGCAAGAACGAGACCGCCUCCGCGUCUGGCAGGGCUGCUCGAUCUGGAGGCGGCCUCGAAGACCUCGCGGCCCAGAUCCAGGCCAGGCAGGCGGCGAGGGCCCACGCCCGCCCGCCGGCCGCGCUGGCGGCGGCCCUGCGCGCGGCGGCGGCGCCCGGGGCACGGAGGCCGCUGCGCCGACCGGCCGGCGCGCCGCGGCCGUGACCUCCGAGGCGGCGGCUCCGCGGCGCGUCCCCCCCUCCCCCUCCUCCUCCUCCUCCUCC